AUGGUCGUACCAACAACUCAAUUACCAACAUCACCAAUAGCAGCCGUUGCAAAAUGGGAUUCUCGAUACUCUGGUCAUGUACCACAUGACACAUCAUAUUAUGCAAAAUGUCUUUUCGGUGGUAUACUUGCUUGCGGUUUAACACAUACAGCAAUUUGCCCACUUGAUGUUACAAAAUGUAACAUGCAGGUCAAUCCUGAUAAAUAUCGAGGUUUAGUUAAAGGUCUUCGACUAAUUAUUGCUGAAGAAGGAAGUCAAGCUAUAUGGAAAGGAUGGCUACCAACAUUCUUUGGUUAUUCAGCACAAGGUGCAUUCAAAUAUGGUCUAUAUGAAAUUUUCAAAGAUCAAUAUGCUAAUAUGCUUGGCAAAGAAAAUUUUGACAAAUAUAAAGGUUUUGUUUGGUGUGCAGCAUCAGCAUCAGCAGAAUUUUUCGCUGAUAUUGCAUUAUGUCCAUUAGAAAUGCUUAAAGUUAAAGUACAAACGGCACCACACGGAACAUUUCCUGUAGCAUUUGGUGCAGCAUGGUCACAAAUGAAUGCACACCGUGUUGAAACUGGAUUUCCGUAUCGAUCGAUUGUACCAUUAUGGUCACGACAAGUGCCAUAUACUGUAGCUAAAUUCUUCUUUUUUGAAAAGGUUUGCUUGUUUGUUUUUUUAAUUAAUGAAAUUGUUAUUGAUUUUUUUUCAAAGGUCGUACAAUUAUUUUAUACACAUGUAUUCACAAAACCAAAAGAAACAUAUUCAAAAGGAACACAACUUGGAGUUACGUUUGCUUCAGGUUAUACAGCCGGUGUUAUUUGUGCUAUUGUUUCACAUCCAGCUGAUUCACUUGUAUCACUGCUUGGUAAACCCGCUAAUAAAAGUAAAACUUUAGGACAAAUUAUCAAUGAAACUGGAUUUGUUAAACUUGCCACUAAGGGUCUUGGUACUCGUAUACUUAUGAUUGGUACAUUAACUGGUCUGCAAUGGUGGAUUUAUGAUACAUUUAAAACAGCUAUGGGCAUGGGAACAACUGGUGGCAAAUAA